AUGGACGCCGCAGCAGCAGCAGCAGCCUCCACCACGCUCCUCUACGGCGCGCUCCUCCUGGCGGCGUUCCUCUUCGGGCCGCCGCGGUGCGCGGCCGCGGGAGCAAGAGUGGUGGUCAGCUCCCCGUCCCUGGCGCGCGAGGUGCUGCGCGAGCAGGACCUAGUCUUCUCCGGCCGCGACGUCCCGGAUGCGGCGCGCUCCAUCUCCUACGGACGUGGCGUCAUCGUACGCGUAGCUGUAGGCGGAGGGUCGUCGGACUCGAGCUCGCUGCUGUCGCAGCUCAUCGCGCGUUCCUCCUUCGGCGGAGCCGCGUCGUCCCGGCACCGGCUCACGGGCACGCUCUUCGGCUACCGCGACGGCCGCGUGUCGCUGUCGCUGCAGCAGAACGCGCGGUGCCAGCCCACGCUGAUCGUGGAGCUGGCGCUCCCGACGCACGCGCUGCUCCGCGAGCUCGGCGCCCACGCGGGCGCUCGCAUCGUGCUGGAGGUCGAGAAGCGCGCGGAGCAGAGCGGUGAGGCCGACGGCGCCCUCGACGGCAACGAGGCCAUCACCGGCGUCUGCGAGAGCGGCGGCGCCAACGGCUUCAGGCACAGCCACAACGACGGGUGGGUGCUGGAGGAGCUCAUGUGGACCAUGUUCUGCAACGGCAAGAGGGUGGGGUACACGGUGCGGCGGGAGCCCACAGAGGAGGACAUCGCCGUGUUGGAGACGCUGUGGGCCGUCACCAUGGGCGGCGGCGUGCUCCCCGGCAGGUCGGACGUGGACGGCCCCGACGGCGAGAUGGCGUACAUGCGCGGGAGCUUCGAGCACACCGUCGGGUCCCGGGACUCGGAGUCGCUCUACAUGGUCGGACCGCCCGGCGGCGACUGCCCGGAGCUCGCCAUCUUCUUCGUUAAGCUAUGA